AUGCCAUCCAAAAACUAUUGCAAACCUCCUUGUCAUCUUUAUCAGCAGUCGUUUCGACGGCGGUCGUGUGAUGUCCAAAAUCGUGAGCCCUGCUUGGUGCAACCUCACGAUCGGAAGAAAUAUAGCACGGCGCCAGUAUUAGAGCAGUCUGAGCAACGAGAGUCAGCUGGCGGCGGAGGUCUUCAUCUGAUGCAUGUUGACCUUGAUUCCGCGCCCAUGGCACUCAUCAACACGACAGUGGAUCCUGGAAUAAAUCUGAAGAAUUGCCCAUCUGGGAAACCAUGUGGAAAGUUUUGUCGAAUCUCAAAGGAAGUCCAUAGCCCGAACAAUCCUGCUGAAGAAAUCACCAGAUCGGAUAAAGUGGAAGGUGGCAAGAAACUUGGCUCGGUCAACGGAGGAGGGUUCCCUGUUAGGGUUGUGUCGUCGCUGCCUGAUAAGAAAGAAGGGGGUCAUUCACAGAAAGGUGUUGGCUGUGAAACGAAGAAUUAUCACUGUCGAAAGAACAGGUCUUCCUCGAAUCACCUGAGUACUUUGUGUUCCCCCCAAAUCAAGUUUGGAUUAUUGUUUCAUCUGCCGCCGCUGGCAUGUUCGUAUCUGUUGCCGACCCCUGUGAAUUUCGUGCGCCUCUACACAUUCCCUCCGCCAAGCGUGCGGAAGCAGAUGAAGCAACCUGCCGGUUUGCACACACCUCAUAAUAAUGCACUGCCGCCGCCGCAAUAUCAGCAAAUUCCGCCUCACCGGAGUUUCUCGCGCCCGUUCACUUUCCAACGUUCGCUGCACUUCACGCCUUCCCCAGGAUCUUCCGGGACUUGUGAGCCAAUGUCAGUGAUGCCGCACAACAUGAGAGACUUGUGGAUGUUUAGUGUUCCUCCACCACUCACGGGAGCAGCGGGAAUCGGCGAUGUCGGUGCAUCAGGUUUGGCGCAGUUCCGUGAGCAUCAGCAGCGGUUGCCAGCAUCGCGCGGAUUUGUCGGUGGCGAUGUUCAAUUGCCCUUUCAGCCGCCUGCAAACUUGUUGCAGCAGUACGGCGAUGCACUGGUGAGUCCGUUUGAUCAUUUACAGAGCGUGCCAUCGAGAGGCAGUGAAGCAGAGAGGUUCUCGGCUCUCUCCUCUGAAAUCUGGUCAUUCUGUUCGAGUUCGUCACUGCAGUCAGACAGAGUUCCGCUAGCAGUCGGUGGACUUGUUAGUAUUUCAUUGAUGGCGUUGGGAGACGGCGUGGAAGCACCGACUCCCGUAGCACUCGCCGAAUAUUUUCUCCCUGCUCCAGAAUCAGUUGUCGCACCACUUCUUUCGGAGUUGACUUUUCUGCAAUGUCAUGUGAAAUCUUCCGUGGGUCAAGAAUUUGUAGGGAUUCCUGAAUGGUCUUUAUUUUUCGUGAAGCAGAUCAUGAAAGGCGUGAUGCUUGAAAAAGGAAUGUUGGAAUGUGAGUUGCAUGGCGGAGGUCGUCGGGCUUCUGGUGACUACACGUUCACAGUUUUCCUGGCUUUUGAAGUUAACCAUGAAGCGGACUUCCGGAGUAAUAGCAACAUACGUAGCGUUUGCUCUUCCUAUGCCGGUGGUGAUCUCUGUACAAGCGCCUUGCUUGGUUUUGGUUCAAUCGUGCGCAUUGGGAUAGUUUUGACUUGGCUUGAACUAGUGUAUGUGGAUGGCUAUGUUGCAGUUCAUGGGUUUUUGUGA